AUGGCACAAUCAGACCUUGACGCUCUUCUGGAGAUGGGCUUCGAAAAGGCUCGCGCCGAAUUAGCCAUCAAGAAAUCCGGUGGUCUUCAAGGCGCGCUAGAGUGGCUCGAGAAGAACCAAGACACUCCCAUUGAUGAGCUUCAAGCUCCCCAAGAUGACGAUGAAGAGGCCACCCAGGCAGCUAUCAAGGGCUUGGAAGAGGGCCAGCUUGCAAAAUCCCUCGCCUGCGACGACUGUGGCAAGAAGUUCAGGACCACCGCCCUCGCUGAGUUCCAUGCCUCCAAGACCGGCCACGAGAACUUCUCCGAGUCAACCGAGGAGCUCAAGCCCCUAACCGAGGAGGAGAAGAAACAGAAGCUGGAAGAGAUGCGCGCUGCUCUUGCCGCGAAGAGAGCGAGGCAAUCCGUCACCGAUAAGGAGGAGCAGAAGCGGAACGAAAAGAUCAAGCAGAAGGCCACCAGGGAGACCCAGGACGCCAAGGAGGAGCUCCAGCGCAAGGAGCAGAUCAAGGAGGCCGCGAAAAAGCGUCAAGAGAAGCUCGAUGACUUGGAGGCCAAGAAGCGCAUCAAGGCAAAGAUCGAGGCGGACAAGGAGGAGCGAAGACGCAAGGCUGAGGAGGCCAAGGCCGCCAGGGAGGGCAAGGCACCCGCCGCUGCUGCCGCUCCGGCUGCUCCUGCCGCUCCGGUACAGCCCAAGUCCAGCGCAAGUUAUACCGAGGCCAGGCUGAGGUUGCAGACACCUGGUGGAGUGCUGCAGAAGAACUUUCCCGCCGAGACGACCCUAUUCGAAGUGGCGCAGGCCAUCGAGGCUGAGCAGGGGACGACUGUGGCCAACUUUACGAUUACUUUCCCACGCAAGACCUUCGAGGCGGGUGUUGACUUCGGCCAGACGCUCCGAGAGGUUGGUCUCGUCCCCAGCGGUGUACUCAUCGUCAAGUAG